GUGUGAUAAUGGUCAUAUUGUUUGCUCUACCUGCUGUACUAAACUUAGGAACAAGUGUCAUGAGUGCUCGUUGCGCAUUAGCUCAAAACGUUGUAAAGCCAUUGAGAAUAUAUUGUUAUCUAUUGAAAUGCCAUGUCCGAAUGCAAACCAUGGUUGCAAGGAGAAAAUAAGUUACACUGGAAAUAGGAAGCAUGAAGACGAAUGCAUCUACUUUCCAUGUUACUGCCCUCUUUCUGGUUGUGACUUUGCUGCAUCAUCAGAAGUGUUGUCCAACCAUUUCAGCCAUAAACAUGGGGAUUCUCGAAUCAAAUUUUCUUAUGGUCACUCCUUCAAUGUCUCUUUGAAGUCUAAUGAUGAAACCAUUGUUCUUCAAGAGGAAACUGAGGGCAAACUAUUUAUUCUCAAUAAUAGAACCACACUUUUGGGAAAUGGAGUCAAUAUUUGCUGCAUUGGUCCUAACUCUUCUGAGUCCGAGUAUAGUUAUGAUAUAUUGGCUAGGUCUCAGAUAUGCAAACUGACUUUACAGUCUUUUGUGAAGAACGUCCAAGAGGUUGCUUUAGCAACUCCUUCAUCAGAGUUGCUUGUGAUUCCAUUUGGUUCUUCCGAACCUCUCAAGCUAGAUAUUUGUAUAACCCCCAUGAUGCAAAUCUACGUGGAAGAUCUGAUUGGAAAGACAAUUCCCCUGAGGGUUGAGAGUUCAGACACGAUAGUCGAUGUGAAGAAGAAGAUUCUUGACAAGGAAGGGAUCCCAAUACACGAGCAACGUCUAAUCAACGACGGUAAGCAACUAGAGGACAAUCUUACCCUUGCCAGUUACAACAUCCAAGAGAACUCAACCAUCCUCCUUGUCCUCCGCCUCCAUGGGAGCUAGCUGACCAGCACGCCAUAUCUCCAAUUACUUCAUCCGAGCAAAGCAGGCAACUUUCCACCUCAUCGUCCACCGCUGUCGGCAACCCUUAUCGUGAAGACAAUCCACCCUAUAUGUAGAGAAGUCAUGCAUUAUUUGAUAACAUAGAGUCUGACUUUUGCUUUUCUUAUUAAGAUUUUGACUUGUUCUUUUUCGAUUGCCUUGAGCUGUAUAAUGAGUUUUUUUGACUGGAGAUGAUUUUCUGCAACUGAAGAAACCUAUUUACUGGGAA